AUGGUGUUUUGCUGUGCAGCCUACUUUUUCAACUACCUGGAUCGCCAGGCUUUCGCUAAUGCCUACGUCGCUGGUCUCCGCGAAGACAUCGGCCUCAAAGGCAAUGAGUAUAGCAUCUUGCUGUCGAUAUUCACUGCUGGUCUCGUUGUCGGCCAGAUACCCCAUGGUCUCAUCAUCCAGAAAGUUCGCCCUAGCAUAUGGCUUCCGUUCACUCUUAUUCUCUGGUCCCUUUUGACCAUGUGUUCAGCUGGGUGCAAGACGUAUUCACAGCUUUGUGCAGUCCGCUUCUUCCAGGGUUUGAUCGAGGCCAGUUUGUACAGUGGUAGCGUGUAUGUGAUGGGUUCAUGGUACAAACCUUCCGAGAUAGCCAAACGGGCUGCCAUCUUUACUGCGGUCGGGCAGGUCGGGAGUAUGUGCGCUGGUCUCAUGAUGACGGCAAUGCACCAGACGAUGGAAGGCAAAGGCGGCUUGAAAGGCUGGCAAUGGGUGUUCAUCAUUGACGGUCUCAUGGGAAUCCCAAUUGGUCUCUUCGGAUUCUUCACAUUCCCGGAUCUUCCGGAGUCAACAAGAGUCUCCUACAUCACUCAGGCGGAAAGACAGCUCGCAAUGACUCGUCUACCACCUAAGACAGCAGACACCCACAACAUCGAGUUCAAGAGCCUUGCGAAGCGUGUUCUCCUAACGCCUACUAUAUACAUCCUCACAACUUUCUCAGUCGUCUGCGCCAUGCUCGAAGCCUUCGCCUUCCAGGGCAUGUUCCUCCUCUGGCUCAAGCACAACAAGUCUCGCUUCUCCCAAACCGCUAUCAACACGUACCCUCUUGGGAUUCAAGCUGUUGCGAUCGUCUCCCAGAUUUUGGGCGGAGCCUUUAUCGACCAUACAGGUCAUCGUCUGCCUAUGAUCAUCUUUAGUGGAGCGAUGCAGCUCGUCACCGCAUCGCUUCUGCUCGUGCGCAACCUUCCAGAUGCGGGAGUCUUCACAGCACAUUACCUCAGUGGCACAAGUUUCAUCGUGAAUCCAAUCAUGUACGGGUGGGCCACAACCAUCUGCCAGCGAACGGGCGACGAUGCGGUGAGGGGUGUGACCGUGUAUACAAUGGCUAUGGGUGGUCUUAUCCUGUACACGUGGUGGGGUAUUGUUAUGUACCCAGCCACGGAUGUACCGUACUGGAAGAAAGGAAGUAUCACCAUGAUCGUGGUGGUCUUUGCCUUUGUUGGAUGGGCGUUCGUGGUCAGAUGGCUUGAUAGGAAGACGGCGAUGGCUGCGAACCGUGAGUCAGCUGAGUCUGGAGAGCUCGAGGCUCCGGAAAUGGUUGAUGAGAAGACGAAGUCUGGGUAA